UAUGAAACUUCUUUUAUUUAUGGACUUUUUAAUUUUAAAAUUUUGUUGUUCUUAUUUGCUCUUCAACUUUCUGAGUACUAGGUAUCUGAUAGUCGGGGAACUCGACUAUAGCGUUCUCUCUUGUUUCAGUUGAUAAUGAGAAUUCCAGAUACAUGUUUUAACUAAGUUUUCAAUGGACGUUCUAGGGCAAAAAAGCUGUUUAGCAGCACAUGAAUGCGAGCGUAGAGGUCUAAAGCCGGCGUGCUUAAGACGUGGCUUAAAUGGUCUUACUGUCUGUAGCUGUAGCUCCGACGUCCGUCAGUCUUGGCCAGCCAGCAGCCGCAGUAACGAGGGUAAAAUUCGGAGGUGGAAAAGUGGCUUCGACCGACCACCACCUGACGACCAGGCCCGAUGUUGCCGCACUCAUGUGCAACUAAUCGACGUGUGCUGGUUUAUUGGUUUCAGCUUGGGUCUCUGAUGCGGUGGCAAUUACGCCGCUUCUGCAUUUCGAAUUUCGCAUUUUGCAUUUUGCAUUUCGCAUUUCGCAUUCAAUGAUGUGGUCAGGGCUCAGCGAUGGGGCUUUCAAAGUACAUGGCCUAGCUUAUGGCCACUAUAGCUAUGCGGUUGCCCCAAUGCCGUUAGCCAAAGGAAGACGCGGUGGAGCGGCAUUACUGGGGAGCCCAGCAUGUGGUCACCAGCUUCGCACUGGCACGAGAAUACUAUACACAAUGUGCUCUUAAGUUUGCAUGUUUAUGGUGUAGUAUGUACCUACUAAACGUCGGACAAUUAUUUAUCAAACAAGUGGCAAAGAGAAUAACGAUGAGCGCGGGUAUCACAGUGGUGCAUAGAGUGGUUGGUGGGCCAAACGGGCAGGGGGAAAUGCAUUUUCCAACUGAAUGGAUUACGAUGCUGGGCACUAUGGAGAUGACGAUUUCGUUUACUUUGACCAUAAUAAUGACUGCAAAUGAGAACGGGACUGGCUGCCAAGGAAGUGGAACAAUGAAAUGCAAUUUGCAAAAUGUGUCUCAAAGAGGAACUGGAGUGGUUGCACUUGCAAAUGAGAGGAAACCAAGUGUUAGUUAGGACCAUUUCCAUAUUAUAGGUAGACUACUCUUGCAGAACCUUUCAAACGAACUGGUGGUAACUUAAGUAAGGAUACGAACUUAAGGAUAAGGAUAUAACUUAGAAGAAAUUUUUAUAAUCAUUAUAUGUAUGUACCACACUUUGCGCAGACUUAAACGUAUCUUUAUACAUACUAUAUCACUUAUUUAUGGACUUUAAUAGCGAAGUAGUGCAAAUAUGAUAUUAUUAUCACGCAAGGGAAGUUAUGGCAUUAUGCACAACACGACUUAGAAUAUUUAAUCAGAACUGCAAUUCUUCUGUUAAAUACAUAUUGCUAUUAGCAUAGUUCGUUUAAAACAAUUGUAAAAUCGAUUCUUAAAUUACAUAAAUUCACUUCGUACAUACAUUUUCAUGCGUUUUUCGAUCUUUAAAAUGCUUUAAACUAAUUUAGCUUCCGUUCGUUGUCAAACAAAAUGAACAAAAUUUCAGAAUAGAUUGAAAUCGUUUAACUAAUGCGCAAAUUUACAGCUUGGCUGAGCAGCUGACUGCCUCCUAAAGAAAAAAAAGGCAGUGAAAAUUCUUAGCAGUAACUAUUUUCAUUUCGUCUUGCCAUUUUUCCCCCUCGGUCUUUUGUAUUUUUGGGAGUUUUAUGUUAAUGCUUUAUAGCUCUGGCCACGCCUCGCUUAAAGUUAAAGUUCGUUUCGGGGGUAAAGCCCCGAACUUUUAUGCGUCUGCGGCGGGUUUCAGAUGGGCGGACGGUGGGAGGGGGUGGUACUUUGGGUGGGGAAGGUGGCGCCACAUCAGCAGCUGCUGUUGCCCACAGUUAACUGUGCUAACUGUGUUGCCUGGCACUGCGAUUUAUUAACAGUUAGCCAAAAGCCCGAGUAUCCACCUACCUACUAUUGCUAUGUAUGUACAUAGCUACCUACGACUGCUACAAUUAUUGUAGUUAUUCUUCUACUGGGCCUGACAUGGUUGUUGUUGCAUUUGGGAGCUAGCCCCAAAAUUUAUUGCCUGCAGCCACAUGAUGAAUGAUUCUGAUAAUAAUAUUUUGUUAUUGCCUUUUUGCCUUGGUUGAGUUUUUCGUUCGGUUCUUCUUCACUUUUUGCCGUUGCAGCAACUUUGUGCUGCGUUCUGUUGCCAAAAAUUGAAGUCGCCAUGGAGCCAUGGCCAAAAAGACCUUGCCACAAAAAGCUGUUAAAUUUGGGGUAUCGAGUGAGUGUGUGUGUGUGCCCCAUGGAAGUUGCCCCCUGCUGUGGCGACGGCCGCUAAAAUAAAACAUUCGGCCAACUGACGAAAACAUAAACCAAAAGUAAUAAACUAAAGGUUGUCAUAAGAAAACUUAGACGGCGAACGGUCUUAAAGAAAAGCUCAUUUAUCUUCAAGAACUUUUUCAGAACGGGAACUCCACGUAUAAUAUUGUUUUAAAACAUGCAUUCACAUCGAUGGAAAAUGUACUGAUAAAAGUAUUUUAAGUAAAGUCUAAUAUAAGUCUGAUAUCACAUUUUUAAAUUUGCAGCAACGGAACAGAAUUUAAAAGUAUUCAAAAACGUAUUAAAAGCGCUGAAAGUUUAACAUUCGUACGACCUUGGCAGGGCAAUUUGAUACAAUAAUUUCCGCGGAAUUUGAGGAGACAGUUGUGCAUGGAAUAUAAAGAGCAUUGUGGUGGUCGGAAAACUAAUCCCAAAAGAGGAAGGGAGUGCGAUAGUAGACAAAAGACAGCAUCAAUGUCGACACGUUGAAGCUUUGCAAACGCUCACAGCAAGUGAGUAAAUUUUUUGACAAAUUUAUGAUGAUGGAAUUUUAAGUGAUUUUUAACGAGUGUCUGCAGAGAUGGUGUAUUUUUGGUGAGGCACUGAAUACUCAGCUGCAAACCCUGCAUUUUAUCAACAGCUGUAAUGCUUGUUUUGGCCGUAGUUAUUAGCUAGUAAAUAUUUUAAUUGUUCGAAUAUAAUUGCACUCAGAAUAGUUUCAAUCAAAAGGAAUAUUUCAACUUUCAACUUUGUUUAUUGACUUUGGAACGAGAAACAGUUUAACGAGCGGAAAAUGAUCGGAAAAUGUUAAUAAAUUUGCCUUCGACAAACGGAAUUUCAUCUCCUGUGCUGCCACAUCCAUUUGGUGCCAACUGCAGGCGCCCCAUAGAUGCGUAAAUUGUUGAUGCCACCACCUGUGCAUUCGACUGUAAAAUUUAUUGAUUGCACAAAUAGGCCCAAAGCAUCGGCAGUGACGCAGAUAUUGGUAUCUACAUGUGUAUAUCUAUAUAUGUACGUAGACCAAAGGCCAUCUUGCCUAUCUGUGCACAACACACACAAGUCGAAGAUUCAGUGUAAGCAAAUUUCGGCAUAAAUGUUAUAUUUACUUUGCCAUAUUUUUAGAACUAUGCAGUGCGUCAAGCUUAAAGUUUGCCUUAAAAUGUGCAUUUUAAAUGAAUUUCUAGCGUACAGAGUUACGAGUUUCUUUUUAUACAUUUUGCAACAAAACCGCAAGAAAUGUACUUUGAUUUUCAAAUGUGCCAUCCUUUGUGAUGGUUUCUUGGUGGGCGUAGUUCUGCGUGUGAUUGACAAGCAUUCUCAUUGAAUUAUUAAUUAUGUAAUGCGAAACCAAUCGACUGCAAUUUGCAUACAAAAUGAGCCUCACACGCUCACAAAGACUAAUUAUGGUCUAGCGCUGUGGUUUUAGCAGAGCUACAUAUAUGCAGGCAUGAAUGAAAAUUGCACAAAUUUGCAUGAUAUAACACCUUGAUAUUUAAAAUGCAACGCAACAAUCUCUUCAGUUUUCAACCAAGCACACGCUGGCCAUUUGAAGAACUUUCCCGUCGCCCAUGAGCACGGAUGGGCUGUGUUAAUUGCACUCGGACAAAUUGGUCACUUAGGGAAAUUGGUAUAUGAAAAUGGGAAAAUUAGUUUGUUUUCUUCGCGAGGAAAAGAACAGGUCAUCGAGUUCCGCAGCUCAGCACGUGUAUUACACCAAGGGUUAUUGAUUUCUAAUUUCCAGUCAAGUGCUGCAGUUAAUUGAAUAAGCAAAUUAUAUGCUAGCAAAGUAACUGGAAACAAUACUGUCUUUUCAAUAAAAAACUAUUCUUCGUCAUUUUGUGCCAUAUGACCAAGAACGAGUUAGAACGGAAACUAGCAAAAAGUGAAAAUAGGUUCUUUUGGGUGUACGAGUUACCGAACCAAAGCGAGCCAAAGAUGAUGUUGCAAAUGUGCUUCUCGCCGUUGUGUCAUGCAAAGUUGCACACAUUUUCGAUUGAGAUCGCUGAGCUAGGAAACACGGAUAGCAAACAGCCACACGCACUCCAGCCAGACAACCAACUGGGAUGCACAGGAGGCAACGCACAGGAGGCAACGAAAAAAAGGAAAUAAUAAUAAAGAUUUAAGCCCGGCAAAUGUUUACAUAAUAUGGACCACAGCACCAUCCGCAGACGAGACGAGUCGAGACUCUCCAGAUCCCAGACGGUAGGUGUGAUGUUUGAACUACACUCGACUGGGCCGAGCUCGUCUUUGCUCUGCCUUACUUUGCCUCACAUUGCCGUACGUACAACACUCUACUCCACUCCGGUGCGCUUUGCUUUUCUGUUUUAAGGCCACUGUUUUUGCUCGGGCUGUUGGUAGCCAGGCCGGCAAUCCAGCCCAUCUGCAUCCUUGUCGCCAGGCCCAUCCUUGAAUCCUUCCAGCUGCAGUUGGUUGGCAGCGCUGGUGUGCUGGUGUUAUUAACAUUUCUGUUGACAUCCUUGGGGUCGCGUUUUGGGCCCCGAACACGGCGAGUUAUGAAAAGGUGCAUUCGACACGCGUGUACUUAGUAGUCAACUAACAAAUGGUAUAUAAGUUUACACAAACUAAUAUAAUUUGGAAACUAAUUUAAAGCAAAUCAUACAAAACUUAAAAAAAAAGGACUCUUUAAAUGUAUAAGAUGUUCUUAAAACUUGAAGACAUUAAUUCUGUAGUAAUUAUUUUUAAGAAGACUUCUUGAUAUCAUGUUUCUUAUUUUUCAACGUGCUGUAUGCAUUUCCUACCAUAUAUGUAUACGUUCAUAUAUGGUAGGAAAUGCAUAUAAUGCAUUAUACCCCAUACACUCAUUAAUAAUGAGUACCAUUAUGGUCGAGAAAAUAGGGUUUCGCUUUCUUUUCCCCCCCUUUUUUUUUGAUGCCUUUCUUUUUUACUCUUUUUGUGUACUUAGCCGCCUUCUCAACUCAAUCUUUCCAUACGUGAAACAUUUUCAUUUUACUUUUGAGUGCAAGCAUAUACACUUUUUUUUUUUGCACAUCUGAAAGCGACUCAAAGACCCAAAAAGAACGAAGAAAAAAGUAACAUGGAAAAAAUUAUUUAUGUGUAUAUGAAUACGUAUUGUUGACAUAUUGAGAGAUUGCGGCAAUUUAGACCAGACGACACCAUUUAAAAAGCCAUUAGGCUUUGCUCCGUCAGCUCAUAAUUACGAGCACAAUGGAAUCCCCCAUUAGUAGUUGUUUCGUUGCCAGUCAGUAAUCCGGUGGCCAAGUCAACCAUCUUCCAAAUGUCUUUCCACAAGCUGCGUCUUCUCGUUUUUGGCUCGCUGAUCAACUGCUAUUUGUGUGCCCAUGUGGUGUACGUGGAUCGCUUCACCUUCGAUGUCGAUGAGCAAGACCUGUUCCUGUCCCAAAGUGCGGUGGUCGAACAGGAUGGUAAUCGCAGCUAUCUAUCUGGCCAUAUGAUGAUUAGUCGAUUGGUGAAUGAUCUGACAUUGACUUCAUCGAUGGACAUCGCGCGUCCUCAACGACCGGAGCUGCGCCUUUAUAAUGUGCAGCUCAACUUCUGUUCGAUCCUCAACAAUGGCUAUAAGAAUAAGUUUAUCAGACUGCUGUACAAUAACUAUGCGGGCUUCCUGAAUACGAAGCCCAAGUGCCCACUUCGACCGAAUUUUAACUACUCCCUGCACAGGGCCUAUAUCGACGAAGCUGUGCUACCAGAUCUACUGCCGGAUUGCACUUAUCGCCUGAGAAUGUCCUUUAAGCAGAAAUCAAAACUAUUAGCUCACAUGCAAAUUGAUGGACACUUGCUCACCAAACGUUAGCAGUAAUAAUAAUUCUUGAAUAAAAUAAAUAGAAAUUGAGUGCAAAGCACUCAUAGCACACUAA